AUGCACGUCCUCAGCAUCAUCCUCCCUCUAUACCUAGCCCUCCCCACCACAGCAGGGUCCCUCAAACCCCGCGCAACAUACACAGACUGCACCGACUCCCAAAAACAACUCCUCUCAGCCGCAGUGACAGACGCCGGCAAAAUGGCAUCAGCAGGAGCCUCCAGCCUCCGCUCCAACAGCGCCAGCUCCCUCUUCCAAACCUUCUUCAAAACCACCGACUCCAGCGCCAUGGACCAAGUAGCCAGUGCCCUGGAAAAGAUCGCCGAAGAAGCAUCCCAGCCCGGCGGCGGCGUCGUCACCUACUCCUGUUCCCCUGGUAGCAUCAGUUGUCAGUCGGGGGGCUUUACCACGACCGGGUAUGCGAGCACGGACGGCACGAAUGGGCAGGUGAAUACCUGUCCCGCGUACUUUGAUUUGCCGGCGAGUUCGGAUGAUUGUACGGUGUUGGAUCAGAGGACGUCGGCGUUGCAUGAGCUGGGGCAUACGAAGGGGGUGCUGGGGAAUGAGGUUUAUGGGUAUCAGGAGAUUAUGAACAUUGAUACGCAGACGGCGUUGAGUAAUGCGGAGAGCUAUGCCUUUUUGCGAAGUGUGGCUCAAGUAGCACGCCUAAAACAAGUGGCACAAUAA